AUGCCCAUCACACCUACCAAGUACGCCAUCACCACCAGGCAGUCGGCAAACUGGAGCGACGCCAAGCGGAGGGUGUUCGCCCUUUAUCGGCGAUGGCUUCGUUCGACACCCGAGAUGCAGUCCAUGUACUCACUACCCCUCCCCAUUUCGGUCAUUCGCACCCGCAUCAGGCAGGAAUUCGAGCGCAACCGCUUCGUUAACAAGUUGCCCGUGGUGGAUGUUCUGCUCACAAAGGGCCAUGCCGACUAUCAAGUAAGGCUCCACUUCAUCGUCACUAUCCACACGGACAUGAAUCAGGGGAUCCCCAGAAACGGGCACAGCAGUGGGGUCUGUCCAAAAUCUGGAGAACACCCAAAAAGAAGAGGGAAAGGGUUCCAGACAAGGGGUCAGAAGGGAAUAUCAGAGCGCUGGCGCAUGUUAUGCGUCGCGGCGAUUCGGACUGUGAUUGUUAUGGAAACCAUGAACUUUUGGCGCCAGACGACUCACAUGAUGUCGUACUUCAACGAGGAGAGCUUCCGUGGAGCCAAGAGACUUCCCUCCAGCUUUAUCGAUGGCUUCCUGCAGGGUCGCAACUAA